UCCCUCCGUACUGGACGGCCCGGGUCCAUUUCCGGGCUCCGGCUAUUUGGUAUCGAUCAGGGCCGGGGGCGCGGGAGCAGGUGGCUGCGGCGGGGCAGCUGGGCCGCCCGCCUGGUGCGCCGGGGCCCGUCUCCCGCCGCCUUUGUCGCUAGUCCUCGCUCGGCGGGCCGCUCCCUCCUCCGGGGCCGCGCGCGCUGCCGGGUGGACUUUGCGCCGCGCCGGGCGCCGCCGCUGCUGCUGCUGCUGCGCGCGGGGCCGCGCUCGGGGCCGGCGGCGGCCGGGAAGCGGGCGGCCAGGGGAGGCCAGGACCCCGGCCCAACAUGGCUGAAGUCAGCAUCGACCAGUCCAAGCUGCCGGGAGUCAAGGAAGUGUGCCGAGAUUUUGCCGUGCUAGAGGACCACACCCUGGCCCACAGCCUGCAGGAACAAGAGAUCGAGCAUCAUUUGGCAUCGAACGUUCAGCGGAACCGUUUGGUCCAGCAUGAUCUCCAGGUGGCUAAGCAGCUCCAAGAGGAGGAUCUGAAAGCCCAGGCUCAGCUCCAGAAGCGCUACAAAGACCUUGAACAACAGGACUGUGAAAUUGCUCAGGAAAUCCAGGAGAAACUGGCUAUUGAGGCAGAGAGACGACGCAUUCAGGAGAAGAAAGAUGAGGACAUAGCUCGCUUUUUGCAAGAAAAGGAGUUACAGGAAGAGAAAAAACGAAAGAAACACUUUCCAGAGUCCUCUGGAGCCAAUGCUUAUGGAGAUAGUUACUAUUAUGAAGAUGCAGACCAGCCACGGUCAAGGAGGGCAAGGGAAUUGGGUUCUGGAUCCUCAAGAUCUUGUAGACUCCAAAGUGAAGAAAAGGCUGUGAAGCAGAGGAAGGAGAAACCAAAACAUCCACUGGAGAACUUGGAAGAACUAGAAGAGCAUUGUUCAUCAGAGAAAUCUCCAUCUUCCUCUAACUUGGGUAAAAUGAAGGACAAUCCCCAGAUUAACAGUGAGCAGUGUGAAAGGAAAAGGUCUGGUCAUGAGAGGCUCCAGAGAUCUCCUCUUCCCAAGAUCAGUGGUGAGGUGUUUCUGAGCACUGAAUUUGAUGACUGGGAGGCUCACCAUAGCCAUCGAACUCGGAAUUGGGAAAAACAGUCCAGAUGCCAAGACCGACUUUCACCCAAGUCCCCACAGAAAGCAGGGCUUCACUGCAAGGAAGCUGUGUCUGGGAGGGAUCACGGGAAAGGUGAGCACAGAGAAAGGAAACACAGGCCUGGGACUCCUCCCUUCUCAGAGAGUGAGGAACGGCUCCAGCUCCGUGACACAGGAAUGAAGCCGAGAGGGAUGAAAGAAGCUGUCUCUACUCCCUCACGAGUGACCCACAGGAAUCAGGAAUGGUAUGAUGCAGAAAUUGCCAGAAAACUGCAAGAAGAAGAAAUUUUGGCUACCCAGGUAGACAUGAGAGCAGCUCAAGUAGCCCAGGAUGAGGAAAUUGCUAGACUUCUAAUGGCCGAAGAAAAGAAAGCUUACAAGAAAGCCAAGGAGCGGGAGAAAUCAUCUUUGGACAAAAGAAAGCAUGACCCUGAUUGGAAGCCAAAACCAGCUAAAUCGUCAAACUCAAAGUCAAAAGAAAGUGAUGAACCUCAUCGUUCUAAGAAUGACAGGCCAGCACGGCCGCCACCACCUACCAUGACAGAUCCUGAGGAUUUGGAUUGCACUCAUUUUACAAACCAGCAUAAUUCCACACGUCAUUUCUCAAAAGCAGAGUCCUCUCAUAAAGGUUUCCAUUAUAAGCAGUAAAAACCUAGGAAUCUGCCUUGAAAAUGGACUCACUGUAGCAAAUACUGCUAGAUGAUACAGAAUGCAUUCCACGCUUAUUUUUUUUCCUUUUACGUUUGUAUUCCUGGGUUUUAUCCUUGACUGUUUUUCUGACCAUAAAUAGUUUUAAUUCAUUUAAAAUGUUUUGGUUAUUCCUGAUCACUUGGGCAGUACAAGAAAAUCUAGCUUCUGAAUAUUGGCCACCUCUAUGCUGCAUAUACUUCCUGGGAUGUAGUAUGUAAGAGCUCCAUAAAGUGCCAUUUUCGUUAGGUAUGGAGUAUUGGUGUCUAGGGACUAGGCUUUAUUUAGCAAUUAGAAUUUUGUGAAGAUAAUGAUUAAAAUGAAACAUAAUAUUUGGAUGCAAUGCAGAAUAAAAUAAUAUAAGAAAUAGCUUUUUUUGGUGCAUUAGUGUAUGACGUAUUGAAAGACGGAGGCUUUUGCUUUUUGUACUCUUCAGGGAAAAAAUAUCACAACUAUAAAAUAUUUAAAAACCACAGACACACCUGGAUAAGUUGAAAUACAUUAUCCUGACUACCCGGACUGUAGAGGUUUUGCAUGUCCUUAUAAGUCCUCCUGGGAGAAUUGGCCCAGAUGUCAUUCUCUAACGCUUUCUCUGCUAUUGCUUCCUCAGUAGCAAGGCUUUCUGAAGCCUCUGGGCAUCGGGCUGUUUGUUAGUAUUUAUUGGCAAAAAUUUAAUUCUAUGAAAUUUUAACCCAGGUCUCUGCAAAGUCAACUGAAAAUGAAAAACUUUGUAUCCCUUCUCUUGUUUUACAUUUACUUGUAGAGCCGAGGGAAAUGGAACUGGAAGAUGUUCACAUAGGUGAUGAAACCAUCGUUCUUUCUGGCCGAAUACUGAAAUUUUCUUCUUGCUUAAAAACAUAGCAGUAUUUGUUGGCAACCUCUCAAAAACGUUUUGUGCGUCUGUCAAUAAUUAGAUUAAUUCAACAUGAAGUUAAUGUUGAUAAAGUGGUUCUUUAUCCAUGUAUUUGGUUUUACACAUUCAUUAAUGAUACAUGGACAUCGGCUUCCUUUGUACAAAGCCUUUAAACCCCUCCUCAAGAUAUCUUGAGUCUCUCUAGCUUCUAACCUUAUGGAAAUACUUAUUUUCUCAUAAUAGUUAGUUAACAUAAAUGGCAAUCAAGAUCCAUAUAUAUUUCCAUAUUCCUGCAGCUUGACUUGCUGUUUUCAUUGUAUGAAUCUAAUAUUUUGGUGUUUUAGUAUGGUGUUUAUUUAGGAAAGAAAUAUAUAGGUGACUAGAGAAAAAGUUGUUAAUACAUUCUUUUCCCACUGGAAACUGCCUUUUGUUUGCCUUAUCUUUCCAGAUCAACUUUAAAAUUGGGCAAUGUUCAGAAAGCUAUUUAGAUUAGUUUCUCAGAGUGGAUUUGAGUCUUUCGUUGUGAGAAAGAUCUUUAGUUUCAUAAAGUUUUUGGAUUUUAGGAACUUGAGUAAAAGCCAUCUAAGAGUUAAGUUUUGGGGAAAUUGAUAAUCUAGAAAGAAACAAAACCCUAAGAGAUGUAGUCAUUUCAGAAAAAUGGGGGAAAGGGAAAAUAAUAGGACUUUGAAUGGCUGUGAGGAAACGAAUGAAGAAAAAUCUUCAUUUAAAUAGGCAAGGGCAGGCAAAAUGGAGGUCCUAGCCUUAAAUCAAAUUCCAGAGGGUGGUUUCAAUAUCCAAAGCUAAGUAAGGCAUUGUUGACUUAUAGUAAUGCUAUAUUUUCCUUUGUCUGCCCUGUGAUUUUGCUUCAUAUUUUAAAAAGUUUUUUAUGGUAGCUUUAAAGAAAAAAACAUAAUGUAUUUUUAUUUGCUAAUUAGGCAAAUGGGCAACAUCAUUUGCCAUAUUUUUGUUUUAUAAAUGUUUAUUUUUCUAUCUCAUACAAUGAUCGGUUUUACUUUAAAAAUUCUGCAUUUCUCUUGCCUCUCAUGUACUUUAUCCAAUCAUAUUUAUUUUGUAAAAUGCUAACUAGAGAUAAUUCAUUCAGAAAAUGUCAGGCCAUUUAACACGUAACCAGGAUGUUAGUGUUUCAGCUGUCUUAGUGAGUGACCAAAGGUGAUAUUUUCCUUGUGACACCCAAUUCAACAUCUGUGUUGAAAAUUUGUUUUGUUUUUUUUUUUAGGUUUUUAAAAGAUUAGAAUUUUAAAAUAUUUUUAUUUUAUUUUUUUGUAAAGCAAACACUUUUUAAAGAGUAUCAGAGUAAUUUUUUUUCUGUGAAUAAGGAGAUAGAAAUCAGAGGCAACCACUUAAAUCCUCUUAUUCUCUUUCAAAUAAUGUAAUAAUUAUCUUUGAGACUACAGAAGCAACUAACAACUGUAUUUUAAGGAACUGCCAAACAUUGUUCACUGUGUUCUCUGCUUUUCACUUUGUCAUUUUUAUAUAAAUAUGGAAGCAUUUAUUUUCUUCCUGUUACUACUGCUGGAACAAAUGCCACGUAAUUUUUAGGCCCGCAAUGUAUUUUGCUUUAAUGUGAUGUGAACUAAGACUUCUGGCCUAGGAAAAUCUUUCUGUUUCUAUACCUCUGCUCUCUGGAGGCCAGGCCCCAUCAACACCAGUAUUACUGAAUGAGCACAGUAUGUUUUGGAGCCUUAUCAUAAGGCUACUGGACAUGUACACCUCCUUCCCACAGCCUAACUUUUUGUAAGUCAUUACCUGGAAGCAAGAUUAGAUAAGGGACAGAUUAAAUGUUUUGAGUUGAAAAAAAUUUGACUCCAGUGUCAAACCUUUGUUAGAUGUAAAUAUUUUAUUGGGAGAUUGGAGAGUUGUUACACAUGCUUUAAAAGAACAUUGAGAUUUUUAGAAGGUGGCUUGGCAUACCAUUGAAUUACUGUUUCUCAAGUGACUUUACGACAACCAGCAACAGACUAAUGAACUGUAAAAAAGGCUAUCUGGUUUUUGAUCAUAGAGAAACAUCUAAAUUAGAAAAGAAAGAUAUGGAUAAAUGGUUCCAGGAGUAAAACCUUUUCAGAAUGGCAGUGAUCACUUGGAUCUAGAUCAGCAUAUUCUAAAAUGUGUGACCUUGGGCCUUGUGUUCUACUGAACUCUAGAAAAUUAUGAACCAGACCCAUUUUCUCCUUUUCUUCUCUACUGUGGCCUACAGCUGGAUGGUGAAUAGAUUUGUUGCUGACUUUGUCCAUACCUUUCCCUCAAUGGCAGGACUUUUAAGUAUAAAAAUAAUUAACUUUUAAUUGAUAAUUAUUUUUCCUUAAUACUGUCAAAUAUUCUCUAAAUUUUGUCUUGUGCCAAAUUGUUCUUUGGAAACACCUGCUAUAAUAUGGUGUAUUCAGUUUACCACAUAAGUGGUUAACAUUUUUGGGCCUUGAUUUUUAAUGAGUGUUGCCUUUGUAUAAAAAUCACUUUGGGGAAUACCAAGAUUAUUCAUUUAUUCAGUGAUGAUUUUCUUGCAAGGUAGCUGGGGUGAUUGGCUGAAAGAUCUUUGGCCUAAUAAAGGAUCACGACCUCAGUGUAAUCACCUUUCUGAAAGACUGAGAACAGAAUAGAACUUGGACUCAAAGGCUUUUUUCCCUUUUCGGAAAACAGUAGUUGUGUGGGGAACAUUAAUACGGAAAGGAAACACUGUUUAGGUAGAUUUCACUGUAUGUAGCGUGCCAUAUUCUGAUAACAUCGGCUUUUUAGAAAUAGUCAUAAAAAAAUCAAAACCUACUUUUUCAGCAAAAAGGAAAAAAUAGAUUUUUAAAGUACUUCGUCCGUUACUUACUGCACAUAGAGAAGUGACUAGAUAAAAUGGUCCCAUUUUCUCCUCAUAUCUGGUGGUGCCUGUGAGUCUUAAAGCCAUAACUGCUUAUCUUACUGUUGAUAGAAUCUUUUUUUCCUCCUUAGCCCAUAAAUAGGUAACAUGGGCAGGGAGAAGCGACUGCCUGAUAAUGCUGCAUGGGGCACUGUGUCAUCCAAAUCCUGGCAGAAGAGUCUCUUUUAUCCCUGUUGAUAUGUAAGGUUAUUAAAGGGAAGAGUUGAGGCUGUUGUUGCUCCUACUAUUUAACUGCUGUUAGAAAUGCUGAAAUUUAAUUUAGAGAAGUCAAGAAGGAAAGGGUAAAUUGGGAAAAUCUCACUUCUACAGAAUCACUUUUCUGAUGAGACCUGCCUUUCUGCCACCAAUGUCUGUCAGGAGCAGUAUUGCCUUAAAUUAGUUUGAUUCUGACCGAGGUCAGUGUACUGUACUUCCUGCAUGUGAACGACUGUCAGCUCGCCACUGAGAUAUAAAAUUCACAGGUGAUCCCCAAACAUCCUUGCCAUCAGAAGCUUUGCCAACAGAAACAUCCUCCCACUGAGCUAUGGUGACCUGUAAAUACACCGGUAGAUAUUUCAAGUUGCCUCUCAGUCUAUGAGUGAGCAGUGGCAUGACUGAAAAGGCUGGUAGGAGAGUGAGGAUUUCCUGGCCAGAUUCUUCAGGUGAUCAUUUCUUGAAUAAUGGAGAGUUGACCGUCCUUCUCUUUCUAUAGUGACUGUGUAGAAGAUAUUUCCACAGGUUCUGUUAUGCAGUGAAGUCACUCGUUACUGUUUUGUAAGAAUUUCACCAACACUCUUGUGUAUUGACAUGCAUACCAUUAACAAAAAAAGGGAGAAAACCAAACAAAACAGAGAUAUUUACUUGAAAUGGGAGAUUUCUUGAUGGGAAGAGUGUUUCUAUUUUAUUACGUUUAAGAGAAAAUUAACCAGGAAAACUUUUGCUGUGGUAGGAAAGACACCAGAGUGUUUUUUAAGGUUGUGUUUGAUGCCCCAAGCUAACACAAUCAUUUAAGUAAUCAUGUUGAUUUGUGGAAAUAUCUAGUCCUAAAAAUCAUUCUCUUUCCCUUAUGUUAUUUGUGAACGCUGCCUAGAAACAUGUUCCUAAUCAAUUUAAUAUGCUUUUCUGUAUUCUCAGCAAACUAGAAAAUGUUUUUCUCUUUUUGAGUAACUAUUCAUAGCAUAGGCAGUCAGCUCUAUGCUAGUUUCAGCAUUUUGGAUAAGGACAGAGUUAAUUGUGUAACUUAGUGCCCCAUUAUUCAUUGCUGAAGUUCAUAUAGAAAGAAUAGAAGAAUUGAAAGACAGGGUUUGAGUGACAUUUCCUUCACAAAAGAGCAAGGAUUAAGAACAGCAAAGAGAAGACAGUUGAGAAAAUAUACUAUUACACAUCAUGUACUUAGGAUAUGUUUUUGUUGCACUGAAUUUCAGGCCUAAUUGCUAAAAUAGUUUCUAGCUGUUAAGUUUAGUGAGAAGGUUUUUGAUGGCAGAAUUUUUUCUGAUUAAGUUAGCCUGUGGAAUCCCUGUAGGCUGUAACUUCAGCUUUUGCUAUAUAUGCUGAAAGCCAAAUGCCCUUUCUCAGAAAUAGCUGUAUUUUUCACCUGCCUCUUAAAGGCAACCCAAUAUUUAUUUCAUGAAGUAUUGUAAAUAAUGAGGAGGUACAGUGGGAAGAUAGCAUAUAAAGAUGAUGUUCCAAAAUGAGAAUUCUCUCUGAUGGGGUUUCCUUAAGAAGAAUCCAUUCCAGCACAAUAUUGUAUUUUGAAAAGGUGCUGAAUUAUAAAGUACAAGAGUUUGUUCAUAUAAAUCAAGUUGCUCAGGAAAUUAGAGGUGGUGCUGUCAUUUGUGUUAUAAUUUGGAGUAGUGCUCUCUUGAGAGAGGUACUACACAGUGCCUGGGUAGUUUCGGAGUCUUUGGUAAGAACCCCUUUGACAUUUGGAAUGUGGAUAUGUUUAAAAAACAAAUGAGAUAUUAUCUCAAGUCUUCGUCAGUUUGUAACCAAGCCCCAGAGGGAGAGGCAGCUUUGAAAUAGCUGCUUCAUGGACCUGAACAGAACCUUAAUGGAAUACAGUUGCCUAUCUGAGGAUAGAAAACAGAGGCCACCUCAGACCACAUGCCUAUCUAGAGAUUAAGUGAAACUGUGAGGGACACUUUGUGGAUGCCUUAAAGGUGACUGGUGUUGGCUACUGGUGGGUAUGUAUGAUCUGGACUAGACUGGUGGAAACAGUCUAUUUCACUUCACCUUCAUACAGCACAAGUUGUUCCUGCUGAUGCCCUCAUUGAGGAAAAUGAGCAACGUGGUGCUGGUGACUUUCAUGUGUCUUGGGAGGGUGAGGUGGUAAUGUCAUUCGGACUCUCCAGUGCUCACACCUCCCUCAGAUGCCAGUUGUACAUCUACAUUAAUUCAUCUAUGCAAGCUUGUGUUGUUAUGAUUUGUUUUUUACACCUUAUGUCCCAUUUGAUUCUUUAAACAUCAGGUUUAACAUUGAUAUUAUGAAUAAUUUUUAAACCAAAGUAUUGUGUAAGUCUGCUCGUUCUCCUGGAUGGUUUGACUAAGGCAAACACCAAUCUUGUCCUUCUCUCUUAAUAAAGUCAUCCAUUUGUUAA